AUGAUGUUCCGAACUGCUCUAGAACGUGUCAAAACGUGUCAAAUCGUGUCUUCCGAAUUGCUAAAACUUACUUUUUUUCAGAAAUCUGUGUGGUCAAAUUUUCUCCAAAUCCGGAGCCGGAGGGGUAUUUUUGCCAUGGCCGCCGACAAGACUGAGAAGAAGGUGGAGGAUCCAGAAAAGUUACGCAAGCAAAAGGCCACACCUAUGUCUGAGAAGGAAAUCUUGCAGGAACAACAAAAGAAGAAAAAGGCAAAGCAAGCCCAAGAUUUGGAAGACUUGCGCAGGCUUUCUCAUACCCUGCAAAAGAAAGCUGAAGAGAAGAAGGAAAGUCGUCAGAGGGCGAAGGAAGAGGCUGAGAAGCAAAGGAUUGAGGCCGCCACAAAGGCUCAGGGUUCCAAGUCCAAGAAGGAUCAGCAGACCGAUAUGGACUCUGACACGAAGAAGGCAGAGGCUGCAAAGGCUGACAAGAAGCAGGAGCAAAAGGACAAGAAGGAUCCGCUGGCCCACCUUGAGAAGCAGUCUACGAUGGAAUCUCUUGAUUUGACCACUCCUCGGCGUGCCAUGUCCUUUGGUGGUUUGAGUGAGGAGAGCCCACCAUCUAUAGCUUCAUCGUCGCGAACAAGACGAGUGAGGUGUCCAGAUCCAGAAGAAAUCGAGAGAAUUCAAGCUAUGAGUGGGCCAAGCGACAUGGAAUCAGGUGAAAGGAAACGUCAGUAUGCGGCCCUUGGUCGUGCUGUAAAGAAAAGCAUGAACCCCGCUUUAAUCCAAAAAAUGCGCAUGUGCAGUGAUGGUGAAAGGUUCACUAUGUUAAAGGCAUUUAUUGCGAACCCAGACCUUUCAACAGUGGAAGUUGAAGAACGCUACCGGUCCUUUGCAGAACAAAAGCGGAAGGACAACUACGAAACUGUGACACUUCUACAGCUCAAAAGGAUGUUUGGAAAAUCCAAGUCCGCAAAGCAGUUCAUUGCAACUAUUUUGCAAGGCCAAAAGGGCAUACCGCACCCACAGGCACCGCAAUGCAAAGAUGCCACUAUGUACAAGGUCUUGCGAUCUGUGUUGGAAUGCAAAGUCACCGGAACAUCUCAGGAGACCUCUGCAGCUAUCAGUGGGAGGGUCAAGGACAAGGAGUCCAAACAAAUCGUGGCUCAGCAACUCCAAACUGUUGCUGACAACAUGCCGGAGUUCGACCUCAAGACAGGCCAACUCAAACAAAAGAAGGUCCCGAAGGAGAAGGCCCCCGAGGAUGUAGCAGCUAAGAAUCUCAAGACCCUGUCAAGCAAGGUGAAGAGUUUGGCAAAUGAUAUCCCGAAGUGCCUUCAAGAGAUUGAAUCCUUUGGUGUCCGAAACUGCAAGGAGUUGGUGGCCAGCUUGAGGGGCCAUCAGAGCACUGUGGACCACCACAUGGAGCAAGUGGUGGACAAAUCUUCGCAGCCAAGCUCAAGUUUGAACACAGAGGAGGUUGCCUGCUUCAUCGAGGACACCAAACACUGUUUAAAGAAUGUGGAUGUGGAUAUCCGUGAUGCCAAAAGGCGGGUCAACGCAAUGCGGCCCAAGAAAAAGAAGAAUAAUGCUGAUGAAGUCUUUGAUUCUGAGUCUUGUUCCGAAGCAUCUGAGUAG